GGAGAAAUUCUGCAGAUGUUUGGAAAGAUGUUUUUUGAAUUCUGCCAAGAAUCUGGCUAUGAUACAAUCCUACGUGUUUUGGGUUCCAAUGUUAGAGAGUUUCUGCAGAAUCUAGAUGCUUUACAUGACCACCUGGCUACCAUCUACCCAGGGAUGCGUGCACCAUCAUUUCGAUGCACAGAUGCAGAUAAAGGGAAAGCUCUUCUUUUACAUUAUUAUUCAGAAAGGGAAGGCUUACAGGAUAUCGUGAUUGGAAUCAUUAAGACAGUUUCACAGCAGCUUCAUGGUACUGAAAUAAACAUGAAGGUGGUCCAGGAGAAGAAUGAAGAAUGUGAUCAUAUUCAGUUCUUGAUUGAGCAAAAAAACUCAGAAGAAGAGGCUUUCUCUGAAGAUCUGGAUAGGUUUGAAGAGAAUUGUAUCCAAGAAUCCAGAAUUAGCCCAUAUACAUUUUGCAAGGCAUUUCCUUUCCACAUCAUGUUUGAUAGAGAAUUUAUGAUAACACAGUGUGGGAAUGCUGUAUAUCGGGUGCUGCCACAGCUUCAGCCUGGAAGUUGUAAUCUUCAGUCAGUUUUCUGUUUGGUCCGCCCGCAUAUUGACUUUACGUUUCAUGGAAUCCUCUCACACAUUAAUACAGUUUUUGUUUUAAGAAGCAAGGAAGGCUUGCUGAAUGGUGUAAAGACAGAAUCCGAUGACUUGACUGGUGCUGAAAUCAGCUGUUUACGUGUGAAAGGACAGAUGAUCUAUUUACCUGAAGCAGAUAAUAUACUUUUCUUGUGUUCUCCCAGUGUGAUGAACCUGGAUGAUCUAACCAGGAGAGGCCUUUAUCUCAGUGACAUCCCACUACAUGAUGCAACACGAGAACUUGUUUUGCUCGGUGAGCAAUUCAGAGAAGAGUACAAACUCACACAGGAACUAGAAAUUUUGACUGAUCGGCUACAACAUACACUUCGAGAAUUAGAAGAUGAAAAGAAAAAGACAGACAGGUUGCUGUACUCUGUUCUUCCCCAUUCUGUUGCCAAUGAGUUGAGACAUAAACGCCCGAUUCCUGCUAAACGAUAUGAUAAUGUAACUAUCCUUUUCAGUGGAAUUGUUGGAUUCAACACAUUCUGUAGUAAACAUGCCUCAGCUGAGGGAGCUAUGAAAAUUGUUAACCUCCUCAAUGAUCUUUAUACAAAGUUUGACAUCCUCACAGAUUCACGCAAGAACCCUUAUGUAUAUAAGGUGGAGACAGUUGGGGAUAAGUACAUGACCGUGAGUGGUCUGCCAGAGCCAUGUAUCCAUCAUGCUCGUUCCAUAUGCCAUCUUGCUUUGGACAUGAUGGAGAUUGCAGAGCAGGUGAAGGUUGAUGGAGAGCCUAUACAGACCACUAUAGGUAUUCACACUGGGGAAGUAGUCACAGGUGUAAUAGGCCAGAGGAUGCCUCGCUACUGUUUGUUUGGAAAUACCGUUAACCUAACAAGCAGGACAGAAACCACAGGAGAAAAAGGGAGAAUCAACAUUUCGGAAUAUACAUAUAGGUGCCUAAUGAGUCCGGAGAACUCAGAUGAACAGUUUCAACUCGAGUACAGAAAUCUGAUUAACAUGAAGGGUAAGAAAGAGCCCAUGAAGGUUUGGUUCCUGUCCAGAAAAUACAAAGGCUAAAGGGUGAUUCAUCAAGGAAUAAUUUACCAUUUGGACCUUU